GUAGUAGAUGUGUCAUGUCUGUAGCACAGAAUGGCACAGUGUAUGCAAUACUUUGGAUUUGUCGGGGUGUAGUUGCUGCUAAAUCCUGCGCCCAUCACGAGUGAAUUUAGGAGAAGUUUGCUGGGUAUAUAACAGGGCGAGUUUGGAAAGAGGCUCAGCAGUCUGAAGGGAGCCUGCCUAUGAAGAUGUGUCCCAGGCGCUGUGCUCACUGCGUUAGUUCACUGCUGUUCUGUCUAGCUGUCAUCUCCAUCGCUGCCAGCAUCUUGCUCCUCUUCCCCAAUGGAGAAACGGAGUAUCUGAAAGAGGCACACAUCACCUGCCAAGCCCUAUUACUGCCUGGAUUGUGGGGCAGUGGAUUCAUGGUAUUUCUGGCUGCACUGUCCAUUCAUAAUGCUGCCACUGACCGUUGCUGCUGUUUCUGCACCAGCACCAGAGUUAAGAUGUUUGUGUCAAUCAUUUGGUCCAAACUAGUGAUCGUUUCCUCCUGUAUCUGCUUAGGAAUCUCUGCUCUUGGCCUGGCCAAUGGGCCACUUUGCUUAUUUAAUGUCUCUGUAUCGAACAAUACCCAGGUUCAGCAUUGGGGAACUCCAUUCAACACCAGCUCCAUGAUUGCCAGCCCAGACUGUUACCUGUACAAUCCAUCACUGUGGGAAAUUUGCGAAAGGCCCAAGAACGUUGUGCUGUGGAACAUCAUUCUGUUCUUAAUUCUCAUAAUCAUCAGCUGUCUGCAAGUUCUCCUGUGCACCCUGCAGAUCAUCAAUGGAUAUUUUGGUUGUGUUUUUGGUCGAUGUUUGCACGCGAACACAAAGUGACGUGUUCAUUCACCAAAUGCCAUGUGCUUGUUGGCUGUUGCUGUUGGAUGAAGCUGUGAGAUACAUAGGGUUGACAAACCCGACAACUCUUGCCAUUUAAUCCUCCCCGCCUUCUACCACGCCAGUGUCCUAAACCUAACCUCGAGCUGUGCUCCGACGGCUAACUGUAAGCUAGUGGAAUGCCACAGAGAAUACUGAAAUGACCUUUAUUCAGGGCUAUUUCACUGAAUUGGCUCUGCUCUCAGUUUUGGAUAUGUAUCAUUAAAUCUCUUUGCUGCUCUAA